GCUGCUGACUGCACAGACCAAAGUCCCACCGCCAAGCCAAGAGUCCCAGUCCAAAAAAGAUGACAAUACCACUAUACAGUCUUCCACCAGUGUCCUACCUCAGCGUAAACCCACUGCCCCAAAUGACCUCAGAGCCCCGAGCAAGACGAAAGACACCCUGCACCCUCCCGGACUGGCGCUACCACGGCUCUCGGGAGAUAACUCCCAGCUCAGCGAGGAUCAGGAAGCAGGUGUCCCAGAGCAGUUCACUGGCCUCCUGCACGGAUCAUCUCCCGUCAUCGACUGCCGCGAGGAGGCCUUCAGGCUUCCAGGUGAUCCGCCACCCGCCCAAAGUCAGCAAGAAACAAGCAAACCCGCCAAAGUAAAAGAGCAAGUAGCAGCAGCUGCACCGCCACCUAGCCGCCCCAGUAUGGCCGCCAUCCUGACGGACUGUGACCCAAAAGCGAUUUAUGCGACUGUGAAUAAGGACCACAGGACCUCGGGGGCCGGGGCAGUGUCUGCCGCUAGGAUGCACCCUCCUGGGGACCUGAAACUUGCACGCAGCCUCUCCAAGUCUGACUCAGACUUGCUCGUGUCGCCUCCCAGUGAGGAGGAAGGAGGACUGGGGAACCGAAGCGAGUCGGUAUCUAACUGUAGCACUGGCAAGAAGAGGCUUGAGAAAUCUCCCUCUUUCACUUCAGAAUGGGACGAGCAGACACAGACGACUUCUCCCACCGCAAAACAGGGAAGAUCUAAUUCCCUUGACAGCAUCGAGAAGAUCAUGACACUGAUUGGUGCUGGCAUCGAUUUUUCCAGAGAUCAGCAAUAUGCUACGCCAGCAGGUGCCGCAGGCCGGCUGCUGGACCAGCCCGUGGGAGACUGGCUGGAGCACGUGGGGCUCCCACAGUAUGAGAGCAAGCUGCUCCUCAACGGUUUUGACGACCUGCACUACAUGGGGAGCAAUGUGAUGGAGGAUCAUGACCUGAGAGAGAUUGGAAUCACAGACCCGAGUCACAGAAAGAAGAUCCUGCAUGCAGCACGUUCAUUACCUAAGGUGAAAGCGCUGGGCUGUGAUGGCAGUAGCUCUCUGUCCUCCUGGCUGGAGAAUCUUGGACUGCACGAGUACUUGCACAACUUCCUGGCCAGUGGCUACCGCAGCCUGGACUGUGUCAAGAACCUGUGGGAGCUAGAGAUUGUGAAUGUGCUAAAGAUCACUUUACUUGGUCACAGGAAACGUAUCAUUGCUUCCUUAGCAGAGAGACCAUAUGAGGAGCCUCCAGUCAAGCCUCCUCGUUUGUCUCAGAUCAGGUGCCAAGACUUGCCUGGAUCCCAGACCUCGUCCCCCCUCAGUCAGAUGGAGUCCUGCACGGGACGUUCAAUGGACCCACUGCUGCCUGUUGCAGAGACGGGGAGGAAAAAAGUGCCAGAUAGCGACUACGAUGUUACCCAGAGAUACCGCAGUGAACGACACAGAACUCAUGAACGGUAUGAAGAACAACAUCGAGAGCCUCGUCUAACCUUGCGGCCUCCCAGUCUGGCAGCACCGUACACCCCCGUCCAGAACUGGCAUCACCAACCUGAGAAACUCAUCUUUGAGUCCUGCGCUUAUGAAGCCAAUUACCUUGGCUCCAUGCUUAUUAAGGACCUGCGAGGUACCGAGUCUACACAGGAUGCUUGUGCCAAAAUGCGGAGGUCGACGGAACAAAUGAGAAAAGUCCCCACCAUUGUGCUUUCGAUCACCUACAAGGGUGUGAAGUUCAUUGAUGCUGCCAAUAAGAACAUCAUCGCAGAGCACGAGAUCCGAAAUAUUUCGUGUGCAGCCCAAGACCCAGAGGAUUUGUGUACAUUUGCUUACAUCACCAAGGACCUGCAGACGAGCCACCACUACUGCCAUGUGUUCAGUACAGUAGAUGUGAACUUAACCUAUGAGAUUAUCCUGACCCUGGGCCAGGCGUUUGAGGUUGCUUAUCAGCUGGCUCUGCAGGCCCAGAGGAACAAACACCACCACACCCUCCCUGUAGGACCAGGGUCCGAGGUCUCUGAGCUCAAGUCCAGCCGACCUGUUCCCAGACCACGCAGCAGUGUGCGCAAGUCAGGGGGUGAUAUUGUGGACCAGGAGGGAGACGCUCAGUCCCAGGGCAGCGCCACGUGGCUUGUGGACCCCAAGGAAUCCAAGCGCACUAUCAGCACUAAGUAUGAGACCACCAUAUUCUGAGUGGACCCUUCUUCCUCCUGACCUCUCGACCUGGGACUGGUCUCACCCCUCUUCCUUCCCUUCUUUUUUGUGUGCCUUUCACUGUGACUGUCUCUCUCUGUCUUCGGGCUGCAUCCCCUCUGUCACAUCUCCACUCAGCCGUCGCGUCACAUGUCCUUGCUUUUACAACACUCUGCUAGUUCAACCCCCUCCUCUCACCGUCACUCUAUUACUCACCUUUCUGUUUGCCUUGCUUUCUUUUCUUCCCCCGCAGUUAGCUUCCUGAUAUUAACUUUCAGUGAUAAGCUCUUCUUUUUUUUUCUUGGUGCUUUUCUUGCUCAAUUAGGCGACGGCCACUCUGAGGCUUGUCACUGAUCUUUCAACUCCUGACCCCUUGAGUGCUGGGAAAAUCUUGAUUUAUCUACAGCCAGGAGUGACCCGCAGCACUCAUCCUUGUACCUGGAUGGACGUGUUUCCCUACGGAACCGGGAAACUGGUCAUGUAAUUCUAUGCAUCAGUGGGAAAGUCGCAGAUUGUUUUAGUUAAUUCGGGAUACCGGUUUUGAAGUUAUUCAGUGGUGACACAGGAUUAGUUGAGGAGGUUUUACAGUGUCAGCUGUUUACUUGGAGCCAAAAGAGGAUACGAUCCAAACACUGUGAUAUGGUCUGUUGGACUAAUGAUUAAAUAAGGCAUAGAGGAUAGUAUGGACCCACAUAUUCAUGGUCCAUGAUCAAGACUGACAUGCCCUCCUUUGUCUAUCAAUCAGAACACCAGGAUCUGAACCUGAUGCUUCCUGGAGUGAACUUACUCGAACUAAACUCUUUUACCAAAUCCCCAAGUGUGUAAGAAUAAGUGCAUCUUUCAUCAGUCUUGUCUUUUCUCUUCUUUUCAUAACAAAUGCCUUCUUUGUUCAUCCUGUCAACAUCGCCUUUACUUUUGCCGAAAGACACUAUGUUAAUAUUUCACUGUUGCCAGUGAAAGGAGUUAAUCAUUAUGUGGGGGUUAAUCCAUCACUAUCCAUUGUCCAUUUGUUUGGUGUUAUUUCAACUUUAUUUUUAACCUCACUCUUUUGUGUGUGUGUGUGUGUGUGUGUGUGUCCCUUCCCCAUAGCUGAACACUGUGGGCCCUCCCAGCCAAAAAGAAAGAGCCCUGUUGCAUGGUGGGUAGGAGGUUUAAUUGAAAAAGUGCCGUCGUGCAGCAGAUCGCAUCACCAGCCGGAUCAUACCUGCUGCUCAUCCACAGUAACACACGGGCCCAGAGACACACAAAGCCUCCAACAAUGCUCACUCCGUCCGUUUACAUGACCUCACCACUUUGCUCCACAUACGCGUACACCUGAUUAACUUCCUGUCCAUCAGGACAUGUACCUGCAGAAGCUGAUGCCAGAGAGGAAGUGGUUAAGAUGAGGAACGUAUAAUUUUUGUGUUAUGCCACAAAGGUACAAAGUAAUGGUAAGAGACCGCACACUGUAGGUACACACUCCCAGCGGUCCUUUAUCUAAACACUGUAGCGUCUCUUUAUAAUCAUCUGAUUCUCAUCCAACAACUGUGAUAAACAGUGACUGCUUGCAUGGGAGGAACUGUUUAACCAAACUCAGACAGGACAAAAUAACUGACACUACAGACACUGUUUUAUUGUGACACAACAGGGAGUGGCUUUUAUUUGAUUUAAAGGUUUUCUCUGUUUCUAAGUUUUAAUUGUUUUAUAUGACAGUGAUGUGUCCUAAUGCAGGAACUGGAUCAGGCGUGGUUCAUUUUAGUUCUCUCGCUCCUUAGCGACGUCUUUGUUAAAGUAAUCUAGCCAAGAUUUUUCACCAAACCUGCCAUGCAGGCUGGUGCUUCUUCAGAUUUUAGCUGCAGAACAGAACAAUAGGGCAUACCGUGUCUCUGCUAACUAACUCUUAGUACAUUGACUGUUAAUGGUACGUUUUUUUGUUUAUGGGUACAUAGUCAGGUCCUUUGAUUUAACUGUUAUUGUAUAUGUGGUACGUUGUUUAGGCCAGUACGUCAUCUUUAUGGUACACUGUCUUCAGCUCGUUGGUGUCGGCACCUUCGGCCAUCAGCCUGGUCCCAUUCUGCUUUUGCACAUUCUGCUAAGGAUCAGGAGAGAUAUUCUGGGACUAAUCAAGUAACAACAAUGAUGAGAAUGAUAUUGUACAUGAAUCUAGCAGUCUGUAUUUUGAUACUUGAAUGAUUUUUGCUUUUAUAGAUAUCUCUAUAUAUAUAUAUAGAUAUGUAUAUGUAUGUAUGUAUGUAUGAAAUUUUUGACGUUUGUCAAAACAGAGAAAAGGCCUAUGUCUUAUAAAGUUAAACAUAUCGUGAAUAAAUACCCUGUCAUUAAAAAAGAAAAAAAAAGGCUGAGAAAAAUGACUCAGAAGAGGGACCUCACUUCGGAAAAAAGAUUGUAAAUAAUCUUGGGCUUCCAGUCUUUUAUAUGAAUAUUUUUCAUAAUUGUACAACUAAUAAAUGGAGCAAUUAGAAAUGUC